AUGUUUACUCCUCCAUUUGAAUCAAAAGACAGAAGAGCGCAUGAAUAUGAGCGAAUCGAUGGUUCUUAUGAUGGUUCAAUAGGAACAACAUCAACAUCAACAACAACAAAUUAUCACACAGCUAUAGCUCCUCGUGUUAAUAAUGUACAACGAGUGCGUGGAUCAGCUUUAAACAGGAGUGGUGGAGGUGUUAUGACACGUGUAUACCAAUCAGUUCAAUCAGGUGGUGCUAGCAGUAGUGGUAAUUUUGGUCCUGGUCUUGCUUCUUUAGCAAAUUUUCCUGGUGUACCAAUGCGUGGUGGUGGUGGAUCAGGUGUAAAUACUGCUGUAGUUGGUUUCAAUGUAGAGCGUAAUCGUGAUAAACGUGAUCUUGUACAAUUGAAUGAUAAAUUUGCACAAUAUAUAGAAAAAGUACGAUUUUUAGAAGCACAAAAUCGAAAAUUAGUACUUGAAUUAGAAGCAUUACGUAAACGUUCAGGACAUGGUUCAUCACGUAUUAAAGAAAUGUAUGAUAUUGAAAUGGGUGAAGCCAAUAAACUUAUUGAAGGUACAAGACGUGAUGCUGCUGCUGCUAAUGUUAAAAGUCAACAAGCUGAACAACAACUUAAACGACAAAAAGCACAAUAUACUGAAAUAUCUGGCGUAAGAGAAACUGAUCGAAAAGAACUUGAUGCUCUUCAACGACAAAUUGCUGAAAAUGAAGCUCAAAUAUCAUUAUUUCGUCGUCGUAUAGCUGAUCUUGAAGAUGAAGCCCGUCGAUAUAAAGGUGAAAGUCAACGUAUUACAGCAGAAAUUUCACGUCUUUCAAAUGAAAUUCAAAAUGAAAGAUUUCUCAAAUCAUCAUGUGAAGUAGAAAAAUUAGCAUUGGAUGAUGAAUUAAUAUCAGUAAAACAUAUGCAUGAAGCUGAUUUAGCUGAUGUUCGUUCUAAAAAUGUUUCAAAUGAUCUUGAUCCAUCACAUUUCUUUCGUAAUGAAUUAUCACAAGCUAUACGUGAAAUUCGUAAUGAUUUUGAAAAUGUUGUUGAUGGUCAACGUAAUGAUAUGCAAAGUCGUUAUUCAUUAUUAUAUAAUGAACUUGUUGUUCGUCAACAACGACCAGAAACAAAUCCAUUAUAUGAUGAACAACAACGUCGACAUGAAGAACGUGUUCGUUCAGAAAUUUUAGAAACACAAAAUCAAAGUGGUUAUAUUCGUGCAAAAAAUCAAGAUUUUAAAAAUCGUAUUGAAGAAUUAACAAGAAAACUUAAUUCAGCACGUGAAGAAAGUGGUCAAUCACAAGCUCGAAGAGACAGAGAUCUUGAAGAAGCACGUCGUCGAUUAGAAAUAGCCAAUGCUAAUUUUAAUGAAGUAUCAAAUUUGAAAACUUCACUCGAAAAAGAAAUUGGUACCUACCGUGAUUUACUUGAAAGUCAAACGGGUCUUCGAGGAUAUGUCGAUCGAAUUGUACAACAUGCUGAACAACAAGCACUUGAUAAUCCUAGUAGUGGUGGUCGUGGUGGUGGUAGUGGUGGUGGUGCAGGAGGAAGUGGAGGAGCAAUAUCGUCGAUUACUCGCACUUUUGUUAAUACAACUGGUUCAAAUUAUGGUUAUGGAGGUUCAAUUAUAGGUGGUGGUAGUAGUGGUGGCGGCGGUGGUGGUGGUGGUGGUGGUUCAAGAGGUUCAGUUAUAGGUUCAAGUGCAAGUUCAGGUGGUGCUAUGAGAAGUCUUAUUUCUCAAUCUAAUCGACCAACAUCAGCUGGUUAUCAAACAAUUUCAAGUGGUAUUAGAACUACAGUACGUGAUGGUGGUUUUCAUGAUUCUACUCCACGACGAACUCAAGAUUAUUAA